AUGUCAGCAGAGCACCACUUGUGCCAGACCGACACGACCGAGGAGGGUGUCUAUGCUCGGUCUCCCCUCACGACAACGGAGGAGUCAACGCAGCUCGUGCCCGGCAGUCGCUUCCUGAGCACAACGGAGUUCAAGCGCAUCUACCUCGGCCGUGGCGCCGGCGGUGAUGCAUCGACGGCUGCGACCGCACGUCGCUCCAGCUCGUCCCCACCCGGCACCUUCGCAAAGCGUGCGCAUCUGUCUUCCCUUUUGACAAGCUGUGCCCCAUGGGGCUCACAUGUCGGACCAUCUCCCCAUGUCAUUCGUGCUCCGCGCAAGCCCGCCACCGACGCUGCUGAACGUUUCCAUAGAAAAGGCGACGGCCUAGGGACAGCGCGUCAGCUCUGGUAUUUGUACGGCGGUGCGGGUAGCAGUAUACAUGCCCCGACAGGGUCUGAAACGCACAAGUCCUCGCCUCGACGAACAACGGUACCACGACCCUCCGCGGAUGGGCACAGACCAUAUGGCGCGCAAACGCUAAGGAGCGAAGCACCACAGGUCGUUGCGCCACCUGCACUGUACUCGACACACAAGCCGCUGCCGCACCAGCUGCGCUCGCGCGUGCACUCGGCCCGCUGUGCCACGUCGCCGUCACUGAAGACGAGGUGCGGCGCGGAGCCCCUUUCUCGUACCCAGCUGCGUACAGAGGAUGCAUGGCUCGCACUGACGCGUGAGCUGAUGAAUAAGAAAAGUGAGGUGCAGAACCUUCAACAGCAGCUGCAGCACGCGCACGUCCUGCUACGCUCUCUGCACGGCAUCACUGAGAGCACCGUCGACGAGGGCGAUGACGCUGCUGAUGCGGACGCUGUCGAGGUUUUUGACACGGCAGCCGCUGUGGCCACAAGCAGCAAGUCGACGGGUGGCAGUGCGCCGGAGGUGGGUCCCUCCUCAGUGUUGCCCCGUCCGAGAGAGUACUGGCAGCGACGUGCCUACUUUUUAAUGAAGCACAACGAGGAGCUGCAAGCGGAGUCUGACCGGCUGCGCCGCGACUCGCGCGGUAGCAAAGUGCAAGCUUUGCUGCAAGAGCUCAAGUCGCUGCGUGGAGAGCUUAGUCGGUAUCGGAGACUGACCGGCGUCGCAGCUUCGUCGUCGCCUUCUGCCAAAGAACUGGCAUCAGGGUCUGGUGGCUCAGAAGGUGACCUAGGCAUACCUCAGCACGACGACGGAAAGCCGGCAAGCAGUCCUCUGGCACCGCGGCUAACUCAUCGGGGUGGUGCGGCGUCGUCGUCUCUCGAACCCGCCGUCGAUGAUGUGAUUCUCCGCCAGAAGGACGACACCAUCCGCGGGCUGCAAGAGCGCCUUCACCUGCUGACACAGCAGUACGAACAGACUGAUACGAAGCUCAUAGAGACAACGCGACAACUGGAGGAUAUGAGGCGCCGCCACUGCGUCAUGCAGGUGGAGUGGAAGGCGCUGGUGGGGCUCCCGCAGGAACUCGCUCGCACGCAACAGCAGUUAAGCGUCGCCCAGGAGCGCGUCCUCGACCGUGACCGGGAAGUGGAGGCCUUUCACCAGUUGUUCGACACUCAGUCGUCGCCCGCCACGCUGCGCGCCAUAAUUGACGAGCGUGACCACCUCGUGGAGCUUCUGCAGCAGAGCCACGAAAGCGAGGCAACCUUGCGUGACGAAAUGAAGGCGGCCCAGCAACAGGCGGUGCGAGCCAUGAAGGAAAAGUAUCAGGAGCAGUGCGCGGAGCAGCGUGCCAUGGCACGCGAUCGCGAGGCGCAGCAGGAAGAGACAAUACAGAAACUGCGGAAGCGAUUCACCGCCCUUGAGGACGUGCUGGAGGCUCAGAGAGAAGCAUACGAGGGACAACUGGCGGAGUACGCGGAGGAGCGUGAGGCGGAGCUGACAACGCGGCUUCUCGAAUCGCUGCGGCGGCCCGAGGCUGCAAUGGAGAGUAUUGCCUUAUCCGCGCCCCGCUCACUUAGUACAGCUGCGUCGGUGAGGCCCACGUUGCCAGACGGGCAGCCACCCACGACUGGUGCAUCCCGUCUUUCGGCAUGCGAGGCGUCACUACGGCCGACGUCGGCAAGUGCCUCGGCAUCGCUACGUUGUCCAAGCGCCGAACACACACAGACAGAUCCGAUGCUGCGGACAGCCAGUUUCUUCGAGAGUGUAACGUUGCCCUGCAGCGCGGGAGGCGUCGCCACUGAAACAGCUGUGCAGGACGAUGACGCCUUUCCCGCCGAGAGCGGCACGGGAACGUUCACACCGUCUUCCAUGUCGGAUUCAACACACAGCAACUCCAGCUAUGACUCUCUAUCGGGCGACAGUGAAGACGACGUGACGCUGCUUUCCUCUGCGUCGGCGCGUCCAUCACGUAGGCUCAUCGGUGGAUCGACUUCUUCCACGACACGGACACGUGGCGGUGAGCGUGUGUGCGACGCCACAGUGCGCAAUGAUCUCGUGGACGACUGCGCUGCUGCUGCUGCGACAGACGAAGCGAGGGUUACAGCGGCCUCCUCGAGCUCCACGGACGACUUCAGCGACGGCGAAGGUAGCCAUAGAGAUGACGAAACAGUAGAGAAGGCCAGCGGACCAGACUCAAGCUCCUCCGUCAUCUCCUCGGCAGACUCUUCCCUCCUGCUCACUUCCGGCGCCGAGGGCGCGGCCAAGCAGCAGCAGUCUGUCACCAACAAGACUAAUGCCGCCCCCGCCAACUCCCACAGAUACGUCAUCGAUCUCCCCGCACCGCCGAUCGCCGUUGUUUCUCCAGUUUCGAUCCUUAUCAACCGCACCACCAUGACCGGCCCCCUGUUCUCCUCCAGUGUGCGGGCCGUGGUGCACUCGCCUGACAUCAGCUCCCGGAGGACAGCGUCGAUCGCAGACCUCACCUACACAGAGCAGACGCUGCCAGACAUCAGCGAAACCAAGAUCAGCGACUCAUUCUCGGCAUCUUCCUCAACCUCUUCCGCGUUGAACUCACCGCACUCCGGGGGGGACGAUGGUGACCAAGGUCACCAUGCAAAUUCCAACCGGAGCGAGCCACCCGGUGGGCCGCUGCAGCAGAUGGAAAAGGUCGGCGUGGCGAAGUUCAACAGCAACACCAUCUCUGGGUCAGCAGCGCUGGUGGAGGCUGCCACGCGGCGGAUGCCGCCUCUCCCCGAUUCCAAUGUCGUUGGGCCGCUCCCAACAUUCCCUGUGCGGCAGCAGCCGCCUGAGUUGGAGGAAGCGGUCGCGGCGGCUCCGUUCGCGGCGGUGUCGCGCGCAGAUGAACGCCGAUCUUCCCUUUCACUCCUGUCUUCCCGCGGUGCCAACGCGCUGACGAGCUUGCACCCAAGGGACGGUGUGCCGAUGCCGUCCCCCGUUGCUCUUACUCCAGCUGUUGCCUCGAAUUUGUACCCGCAGCGACGCAGCAGCUCGUUUGCGACGGGCGUCUGCAACGACGAUGACUUCGGCGGCAGUGGUGCAGAGAUGAGUAGAGGUGGGGUGAACUCCCACAUGCUCAGCAACGACCACAGCACAACCGCCGAUCUCACCAACCAGUACUCAGGUGACACCUCUUUUGAUUUUGUGGGGGCCCUUGCGGAGCGUCACUGCCUGGAGGACAUGCAGAACGCAUUUUCAUCUCGGCAGUCGUCGACGGACACGGCGAAAAUUGGCGGCGACGUCGACGGUGAGGCGUCUGCCUUCCCCACGGAGGGGUCUGGGAACACCAACAGUGGCCAGUGUGCUGUGAUGGGGACAGGGGCGGUGGGGCUGCGCAAGACCCCAUCCCCUUUUGGCUCCGAUGUCUUGGAAGCAAGCAAGCCCGUUCUCUCCACAAGCCAUCAGAGCUGCAACGAAAAGGACACGGGAACAAGGGCAGCCACUGCAAGUGCCUCGCGGCAAGGCGAGGAUAGGGCGUCAGGCGACAGCGGUAGUGCGGACUUUAUGGAGGUGCCCUCCCCGGACGAUGACGAAGACAUGACCUCCAGCAUCUCUGCCGAGCGCGUCACUGCCGGGACGCGUGAACGGGAGGAGUCGGCCCUUGCAGAUGCGCUGCCAUGCACUGGCCCCACCGGCGGCAGCGGUCGUAGCAGGGUACCAAGUGAGGAUACUUUAGCGGCAAAGAACCCAAUGCCGGAGACGACGAUGCAAAGCAACCUUGCUGUCGAUGCUGCCCGGGGCGCCCCCUCUUCUCCCAUGGCGAUUGCCUCGUCACACGGGAGCUAUGACGACCUCAUUCCAAGCCCGAAGACGCCCCCGCCGGAGGAGCAAGCAGUAUCGUCUUUUGACUUUGAGGACGUGGGCAGAGCGACGUUGCAGGCCAAGGAUGUCGAAUCCGCCGCGCCACCUGCUGCCGCCGCCAUUACGGAUGCGAUUGCUGCGCCAUCUCUUGUGCCUCUUCCGCCGAGAGUGUCGGUGCCUGCGCCGCCUUCCACCUGGGCACCUCAGCCGUAG